GCGCUCGCUCUGCGCUCCUCCCCGCCCCGGUGCAGCCAGCCAGGGAGGCGCAGGAGGUGGGACCUGCGGGCGGGAAGACUCCGGACGCCGGCGCGCGAGGAGCGGGGACCCGGGAGAGCUCGCAGCCCAGAGGAGGAGCUGGAGGGGGAGCGGAGCGCGCGGCCCGAGAACCCGAGGCAGCGGUCCCGGCCGGAGGCGCAGAGGGGCGGCGGGGAGCAGCAGGGCCGGGAGAGUCCCGCUCGGAGCCGAGGCCGGGGGAUCUGGGCUCACAGCCCCGAGUCUCAGCAGCUGCCGUCGCCCAGGAGCAGCAGCUGUGCCCGGGGUCCCGGCCGCGGCGGCCGCGGGAGGAGGAGGAGGAGCUGCAGCUGGAAGGUGGCAGCUGGAGGAGGAGCCGCGCCGCUGUCCCGUGCGCCGGGGAGAGGGCCGCGCCGCCCGGGCUGAGCCGCGCUGGGAUGUCCCGCUGACCGCGGCAGUCAUGCAGCCUUGACGGGGCGCUCGGGCGCGGGGACCAGCCGCGGGGCGCGCCCUCCCGGGAAGGGGCAACGGGCGCGGGCAGCAGGACUUCACCGCCGACUCCAGCCCCGUUGGGUGCCCAGCCAUCCACCAUGGAGCCCGUGACCAAGUGGAGCCCCAAACAAGUGGUGGACUGGACUAGAGGGUUAGAUGAUUGCCUGCAGCAGUAUGUCCACAAGUUUGAACGGGAGAAGAUAAAUGGAGAGCAGCUGCUGCAGAUUUCCCAUCAGGAUCUUGAGGAGCUGGGUGUCACACGAAUUGGACACCAGGAACUUGUGUUGGAGGCUGUCGACCUUCUCUGUGCACUGAAUUAUGGCCUUGAAACCGAUAAUAUGAAGAACUUGGUUCUGAAACUGCGAGCAUCUUCCCACAAUUUACAGAAUUACAUAAGCAGCCGGAGAAAAAGUCCAGCCUAUGAUGGGAACACCUCCCACAAGCCCCCCAAUGAGUUCCUGACUUCUGUGGUGGAGCUCAUAGGCGCUGCCAAGGCCUUGUUAGCUUGGCUGGACCGGGCUCCAUUUACAGGGAUCACUGAUUUCUCAGUAACGAAGAACAAAAUCAUUCAGCUUUGCUUGGAUCUGACCACUACAGUCCAGAAGGAUUGCCUUGUAGCAGAAAUGGAAGAUAAAGUUUUGGCUGUAGUCAAGGUUUUAAAUGGCAUCUGUGAUAAAACAAUCCGAUCUACCACGGAUCCUGUUAUGAGCCAGUGUGCAUGUCUGGAAGAAGUUCACUUACCAAACAUUAAACCCGGGGAAGGCUUGGGCAUGUACAUCAAAUCAACCUAUGAUGGACUGCACAUGAUUACUGGGACCACAGAAAAUUCUCCUGCAGACAGAUCUCAGAAGAUUCAUGCCGGUGAUGAAGUCAUUCAGGUUAAUCAGCAAACUGUGGUGGGAUGGCAGCUGAAAAAUCUGGUGAGAAAGUUGAGAGAGAAUCCUACAGGAGUUGUGUUGCUGCUUAAGAAGCGGCCCACGAGUUCCUUCAACUUCACUCCUGCCCCCCUGAAAAACCUACGAUGGAAGCCGCCUCUGGUCCAGACCUCGCCUCCGCCCACGACCACUCAGUCCCCGGACAGCACGAUGGACGCGUCACUGAAGAAGGAGAAGCCAGCCAUCAUGGAUCUUUAUAUUCCUCCUCCGCCAACCGUUCCCUACUCCCCCCGGGAAGAGAAUGGGAGUUCCGUUUACGGAUUCAGUAAAUGUAAACAGCCGCAGCCUGGUCCGAAGGGUUCUGAGUCCCCCAAUUCCUUCCUGGACCAGGAAAGCCGGAGACGGAGAUUUACCAUCGCUGAUUCUGAUCAGUUGCCUGGGUAUUCCGUGGAAACCAAUAUUCUGCCCACAAAAAUGAGAGGGAAAACACCAUCCUAUGGCAAGCCCCGGCCUUUGUCCAUGCCUGCGGACGCGAGCUGGAUGGGGAUUGUGGACCCUUUUGCUAGACCUCGAAGUCAUGGGAGGAAAAGUGAGGACGGCCUUUGCCGGUAUUUCAGUAAUGAGCGGAUCUCUCCGAUCAUCGAAGAAAGGUCAUCCCCCACAUACCGUUUCUCAAGGCCCACGACCGAGAGGCAGCUGGUCCGAGGUGCAGACUACAUCCGAGGCAGCAGGUGCUACAUCAGUUCAGAUCUCCACAGCAGCGCCACGAUUCCAUUCUCGGAGGAAGGGACCAAAAAGAAAGCCAGCUCCUCGGCAGCCAAGUCCUCUUCUCCAGAACCGUCCCUGCUGGUCAGCUGGUUUACUCGCCUGAAACUGUUGACUCACUGAGCCCUGCAUUCCCGGGACCCUCCCUUCUCCUGCUACCAAGUGCCUUGCUUCCUCAGUCAGCAACUUGUUCUCAUUUUCAUCCACAGUAUUAUGCAGCAACCGUAUGCGAUUUCGUGGGUUUUCUUUUUUCUUUUUUUGGAAAGUUGUAUACUGCACUUGGAAUUUUGAAGUCAUUGGAUGGGAACAAAUCCAGAGAAUCUUAGAUGCUGGCUUAUGGAGGCCAAAGGAGAGAAAUGGGGAGAGUCUGCUUUUUUUUUGCUUCCUUAAGAGUCAGGACACGGAGACACACUCUCUAAACCAGAGCCUUGGCCAGGAAUGUUAUGGUCGUUAUGAGGAACUGGGCCAUUGUUCUUUUUAGGGGGGUGGGACUACAGUUGGUGGCCACUGUCACACAGAUGUGUUGGGUUUUGGUCCAACUUCUUCACCUGAAAAAGCCAGUGGAGAAAACAGUUUUGUUUUGAUUUUUCAAGCUACAUACUAUACGUGUAAGUGUAGCAGCUUUGACUUUGAAAUAACACGUGGGAAGCAUCUGAUGCUCUUUCAGAGCAGAGGUUUGAGUGUAGGCCAGUUACACUUAGUUAAUGCCCUUUUCAUAACAGUCUCAGUGUAAGUCAAUGAAUACAGAAACACGUGAAAAUGUUUAGAUAGGGCUUACUACACACAAAGAAGUGUAUGGUUAUUUGUGAAGGGUGUUGUAUAUUAUUGUCUUUAAGGGAAAAGAAGCUAUAAGAUUUGCUGACAGCCAAAGUAUCAUUGAGAAAAAUGAAGCAACCAUACUUAGGUUUAUGAGAGAGACAUCAGUUUGCAUUUUGACCUGUUCAAUGACUAUCUUCUAGAAAAGAAUGGACAGUUUUUCAAAAUUGUACACAUUUUGCUAAUUAGAAAUCUCUUGGAAAAUCUCACGGUCACUCAUUUUCAACUAGCAUCAGGUAUUUUGGAAAAGUGUGUCUGGAUAUUAACUCUUGUUUAAACUGAAUGUAUGAUAUUUUGCUAGAAUGGAAAAGUACUAUCUUGUUAAUUUAAGUGUUUUAAAUAUAGUUGUAUAUUUUUCUUACUCUUAGUCACAUGUAAUUGAUAUAUUUCUGUUUUGUGUCCUACAUGAAGCUAACGAAAAAAGUGUUCAAGAUGUUUUCAGGUUUACCAGUGACCACCUUGGCUGUUGCCACUGUGGGCACUAUUGUUAAAAAAACAAAAUAAACCCUCCCAACCA